AUGUCAGCAAGUAACAGUGAUCAUCUUCACCGCUCCACCCUCAAUGUCUACUCUAAUUUGACAGAUCAUUUCAACCCCGGCCUACAGAAGCUGGUCACUUUAGGAAACAGCUAUGUCAAAGCAUUCCAAUCUCUUGCGCUGACCAGUGAGGCCUACUUCAGUGCUAUCGCUAAAAUGGGCGAGCAGGCUAUUCAUACAGCAUCGUCCCGCUCACUAGGUGACGUUUUGAUCCAGAUCUCUGAGACUCUUCGCAGACUCACAGCCGAAAUCGAGGGAGUGUUCCAGUGGUUCCAUAUUGAGGUGCUGCAGGCCAUGGACAAGAACGUGAAGCUGGAUGAGGAGUACAUAAACGGCAGUAAGAGGGUGUAUGAGCUGGAGGUACGUAACCAGGCAGCUGCUCUGGAGAGGCAGCUGAGAAGAGGAGCCUUCAGAGACUCACUGGAGGGCAGUGACUACAUGCAGUAUCUGAGGCAGAGUCACCAUGACAUCCUGAAGGAGGAGGAGAGGAGGUACCGCUUCCUGGCCGAGAAGCACUGCGGACUUACUCAGUCCCUACUCUUCCUCAUCAACAAGACAGGAACAGCACUUCACCAGAAUGCAGAGGGCUGGAAGGAGAAAGUUCAAGAGAGCCACUCAGCCAGGCCACGAACCCCCAUAGCCCCCGAACAAGAGGCCCAGCUGAGGGGUUCUCUGACCAUGAUGCUGCAGCCUGUGGAGAAUCUGGGGGACACCGUCUUAAUAGACCAGCAGUCUUUGGGAAGGGUGCCCUCCAGAGCUCCGUCUCCCCUGGUGGGCCGCUCCCGCUCCAACUCGGUGGGGGAGUCGCUGGGUCUGGCUGGGGGCCGCCCCAUGCGAGCGCUGGCGUCCCACCCGGCCUCCUCCAACCCCGUCCUGCUGCCCUUCUCCAGGGGAGACGCCGUCACCGUGCUGCUGCUGGAGCCCAGGAACGGGUGGCUCUACGGCCGCAUAGACAGCACCAUGAGGCAGGGCUGGUUUCCGGCUGGAUACGUGACGGCAGUGGAGGACUACCUCCAGCCCCAGGCCCCAAGUGGGGCGUCGGGGCGGCGCCACAGCGUCUCCAACGUCCUGGAUGUGGCCGACCAGCCCGAGCAGCUGAUCCCCAAAGAGGAGAUGGUGCGCAGGAGCUCCGUGGACGUCCGCCCCGUCUCCCCGCUCCCGGAGAAGAAGCCUGACCCACCGAAAACCAAUCAGAAGACGAUGACGACAAGCUACAACGAGAUACCGACGCCUGUCACCUCCUCCUCCUCCACCCCGCUCCGAAGGGCCUCGGUGGCGGACGUGAGGGCUGUCUCGCCCCUGCCCGACCGGAGGGCCGUCUCGCACUUUGACAGCAAGCCGGAGCUGCUGCUCAUGACCCCCACGCCGGCGCCUCCACCUCCCCCACCGCCGCCUCCUCUGCCCCAGAAGAGCUCCAACGAGCUGAGACCCAUCUCACCACUGCCCGACAGGAAUACAGACAGAGGGGGUGCUUCUUCUCCUGGGCCUAAUAUACCUGAGAAUCCACUCUUCCCAAGAGGGACCAACCCAUUUGCCACAGUGAAGCUCAAGCCAACCACCACCAAUGACAGAUCAGCCCCUCGGAUUCACUGAUCCUCCCAAACUUAAACUGAUAAGCUGCUUUAACUCAAGACUAUCUAGUCUUGGCUAUAAUUCAUUAUUUAAUCACACUUAAUAAUAUUUAAAUUAGUAAAAAGUGAUGUUAUUUGUUUGAAACGAUUGAUACAGUAAUUGAAGCACCUUUUAAGUCAGUUGAUAGUCAUGGUAAGUGUUAACAUUUAGAUUGUGAAAUGUAUAUACAUGUAGUUACGUAGUUUUGAUUUGAAAGUGUUCAUGCUGUAGAUUUUGGAUGUGUUGGUACUGCAGGUUUUAGACUUGACUGCUAAUCACAAAGCAGUAUUUUACAAACCUCUGUAUCAAACUUUGCUAUCUCACCACAUCAACGCUACAAACUGGCGUUUGUUUCCUUUGACAAGAUUAUGAAAUGUACUGUACAUGUCCAGUCAGAAACUUUUGGUAUCCUCAGAUGCUCUGUCUGAGAUAUUUUAUCAUGCAAACAAGACACUGACUCUCACUCACUCUCACACAAGAAUGGUUGCUGAGGCCAUUAAAUAUUAUUAG